AUGGAUAGCUCUUAUUUGAACGUAUUGGAAAAAUACACCGAUGAAACGCCGAUAGAAGAUUUACAAUACCGCUCGUAUUUACCGUUUUCCACCACAGCGCUCUCGAAUGGCGAUCAGAUACGGAUAGCCGUACAGAAUACCGACUCGUAUACUCUACUUUGCGAUAGUUUUAUAUACAUCGAGGGCGAAGUGAAAAUAUCGGGGUCUUCCGGUGAAAUAGCCAUUGCAAAUAACGGUUUAGCUUUCCUGUUCGAUUCCAUAUCUUAUGAAAUGAACGGAAUAGAGAUUCAGAAAGUAAAAGAUCCCGGAAUAACCAGUUUGCUAAAGGGGUAUUGUUCUUAUUCGCUGAACGAUGUUAAUAAUCUCCAAAAUGCCUACUGGGACGCCAACACAACGCCCAAUGAUUAUUCAAAAACAAAUUUUACUUUUUCGGGUUGCAUACCUUUAUCGCAUAUUUUUGGAUUUUGCGAAGAUUACCGUAAGAUAUUGAUUCAAGUUAAUCAUCAACUCGUAAUGAACAGAGCGUUAAACGACAGAGCCGCGUUAAGAGCGAAGCUUACGGAAGGGGUUACGUGGGCGAGUGAAGAAGCUAAAGAACUAUUAAAAUCCAGUAUCGUGUUAACAAAAGUCGUUUUGAAAUUGCCCGUGGCGCGUGUUAACGACCGUGAAAAAUUAAAAUUGCUGAAAAUUGUCGAAACUCGUAAAAAUAUUUAUUGCGCAUUUAGAAAUUGGGACCUGUAUGUGUAUCCCGAGUUGCCGAAUGUGGAGAAAACGAGUUGGAUGGUGAAAACCAGCUCCAACAUCGACAGACCCAGAUAUUUAAUAAUAGCUUUUAACACGCGAAAAUCUACCGAUUCGGGAGAUCGUACACAACAAUUGGAUUCCUGUUCGUUAGUUAAUCUAAAAGUGCAUUUAAAUUCGUCCGAGUAUCCCUAUGAAAACUUCAAUGAGAAUUUCGACAAAAAAUUAAUUACUCUGUUCUACCAGAAUUACGUUAAUUUUCAACAGACGUACUACGAAAGAAGAAAAUCUAAACCGUUAUUCAAUAAAGAAGAGUUUUUGAAAUACGGCCCCGUUUUUUGUAUAGACUGCACGCGUCAAAAAGACGAUGUGAAAACUUCUACUAUAGAUCUCAGAAUCGAUUUUGAGUCAUCGAGCAAAUUUCCCGAGAAUACCACCGCGUAUUGUUAA